CACAACUUCCUCUUCGCUCGUUAAUUUUCAACACUAUUAUUGCUUUGUGCGGAUGCACUUGCAGAACGGAUAACAAGGCACGGCGCCACCAAGUAUUGGUUUGACCUUUUCCUUCCAACCAAAGUUAUCGCAUCAUGUAAGAAGCAGGGCUUUGAAAACGAGUUUGCUAGCUAGUUCAAAAGUUUAGACGUUACCGGUGGUGACGUCGUGCAGCGAUUCUGCGCGGCUAAUGCCCGUUAAUGGGGUUCAUUUUUCCACUAUAGCCGCCUUUCCACAUCAAGCUUUUUGUGCUUGGAAACGUGAGCGCCGCUGUCAUCCAGCACGAAGAUGGCGAUCCGCCUCGAUGCCGUUUCCAUUAGGUGCAGGUUCUAGAGCAGAAUGUUUCCUUUAUGAAAGACCUCAAUCUUUUCUAAAUUCCACACCUCACAGAUCGUGCUACGUGAUUUUAUUUUUUGGAAAACCAGAAAUUUCAUGUUUGACUGCGCCAGUACACCGCGUAGCUGAGCGGAGUUACUCAGAUCACCUGAGAAGGAUACACACGAGCGCGGGCUGAUGAACCCGGAGACUCACAUUUAAAAGAGGUGAACCAUGCCUUACAGUGUAUUUUUUUAUUUCCCUUUUCCUUUCAAAAAAUAAAAAAGUUCGAGAUGCAUUUUCAUGUAUGUAUGAAUCCAUCAUUGUGGUCGUUGUAUAGCUGUAACUAUGUAUAUAUAUAUAUAUAUAUAUUUGGACAUACGUAUUACAUUUUUCGAUAAAUGGGCUAACAAGACAGAGUAUGACUAAAUUCCUUUUGGGCGAGGUAUAGGCCUUUCCGAACCUCCUGCUGUUGGGGUAGGAAGUCCUCCCUUCACCAUAUAUUAUUAUCUUUCCACCAUUUUUCGUAAACAUUUUUACUAUUACUUACUUAUUUUGCACGGUCGUAUGGUUCAUCAUGUUGGCGUCACCAGGACCAUUAGUAGACGGAUGACUGAGCGUUCUGUUCUCUUAGAUAUUGGUGAGGAGGCGCAGCAUCGAGAAGCGGACAUUGACGUAAUAAGGAGAAAGUUUAGCAUCCCUCACCACUACUUUGAUUGUUGGAUUUAUGGUUUCCUGAAGAACAAGAAGUUUAACAUCAAUGAAACCAUCGCCAAACUGGAGCGUCGAUUCGCGAUGGAAGUGAACGAGCUCGCGACCUACGAGAUAACGGAUGAGAUGCGGAUUUCUUUGCGGCGGGGGAUUGUUCAGGAGUUGGGGUUUGAUAAGAUUGGGCGGACAAUCCUUUACAUCUGCGCGAGGCGCGAUGUGCCCAGCAAGCACCUGUGGGAUAUGCGGUUGAAGUCGUUUGAUAUGUUUGUUAGCUACGCGACGCGGCUGCGAAAAGAGUGCAAGCGAUGCCAGCUUGUCCUCCUCGUAGAUCAAAAGGGCGCAAGUUUGUUCAAGAACAUCGACCUCCGUUUCCAGGCGCACGUCGCGCUGCGGAUUUCGAAGUUCUACCCCGGGAUGAUUGAUAAGAUCUACGUCUGCAACAUGAGCGGGAUGCUCGCGACCUGCAUGAAGCCGAUUAUCAUGGCCUUACCCGCGGUGGUGUCGAGCAUCGUGGAGGUUUUGACCGACGCGGAUAUCAAACACGGCUCGCUGCGGAAGAUCAUCGACGAGGAUAUCCUCCCGGUCGACCUCGGCGGGCGCAACGAGUGCGAUAAUCAGGAGCAUUGGGAUGCCUUUUGCGAUAACGUGAUGCGGUACUACACGGGCCUCAAGCGUGGGGUGAACGAGCACCACCUGACGGUGAAGGAGUGGGAGCUGCGGGAGCUCGGGAUCAGCGGGAAAGCCACCCCGCUGCCGCGGGGCGCCGCGUCUUUGCCCUCCCACCCCGCCCAGCGCGCGACGUCGGUGGUGAGCACCGCGGCGAGCUCCUUUUUUGAGCGCGCGAGCAACGUCACGCCGUCGCUUUGCCUGCCAAGAACCUGCAGCGAGACGUUCACGGAUCUGAACAGCAUUGGGUUGGAGGAGGAGGAGGAGGGGGAGGAGGAGGGGGACGAGGCCUUGACGUGGCGGCGGAUUAUGUGCCCGUUUGACUCCUCCGUCGCCCUUUCCUUCCUGGAGGAGCUCCUCCACUGGAGGAAUGAGGUGGAGUCGGCGGAGCUCUAUGAACGGCUCCACAUCACGAACCUCGCCCGCGCGCGGUUGGCGGAUAUUGUGAAUCGAAAUCCCCCAAUCAGAUCCGAGGAGGGCAAUCCAAGGGAAUCCGCCCCCAUGCCGGAUAAAGGGAAUCGUGUGCAUGUAGAAGAAGUGCCCAAGCAGCGGAAGAGAUUGGCAUGCUGUUGCCACGUCACUUAG